UUAUGGAUAUAUUAUCAAUUCUAUGGAUUUAAAAAUUUUUUUAAAGAAACAAAUUAUCUAAAAUUAUCAAGAAUAAUUUUUGUAAUUUUAAUAAUCUAAAAUAAAUUUAGAUAUCAAAUUACUGGAAAAAAAUUGGUACCCCUGAACAAAGCAAAUAUAAAUAAAAGCACAAAAGGAACUCCGCUAAACGAUUUAGAGGAAAGAUUGUUGCCAUUAAUAUAAAGCGAAAAAAAGGAUAGCGCAAAUAAUUCAACAAGUAUUGUCAUAAAAAGAGAGCGGAAAUCACCGUUAAUUAAAAGGGCUACUUUGCUCCAUGUCAUCAGGAGAUGAAUCUGAUUCAUUUGAAUCACCACCAUCAAAACAAGUAAAGACUAUCAUCAGUGGCCAGCAACCUGCUCGAAAACUACUACCGAAGAGUGGUGGAAGUGUUCUCCUCGACAAGCUGAAAAAGUUAUCAACGCAGUCGUCAACGUCACCAGAAACGUCAAGACCAUCUUCCUUUUCAUACCAAAAUCGAGAUAUGACUGCAGAAUUGAGGGCAAUGCAUGAGGAAAAUUUGGCAGUUUUAAAAGAAAUUUCUUCAACCCUGUCAAAUAUUUUAUUAGUUUCACUGGAAACCCUUGAAGUUUUAAAGCAAGCCAGUGUGGAGGGCAAAAAAAUUUAAUUACUUUUACAUUAAUUAUAACUUUAAAAUUUUCAAAAUG